UUUCACAAUUCACACUCUACAGCAACAAGUUGUGAUUGUGAAGUUGACAAAUUUUAAUUUGUUUUACUAAUUGUACAUACUUGUGUGUUCAUUGGAAAUAACUUUACAAGUUAAGUUACCACGGAACAAAGGACAGCUUUAGGCCUACUGCACAAUGUCGAGUCCUAGAAGAACUAGAGGGUCGAGGACUCCGUCUCGUCAUGGCUCGGAGCCGGACCAAGCUCCAGGGACGCCACAGCACCAGCCGGUCGCUCCCCGUACCCCAAGCUCCCGUACACGUAGAGGAACUCAGUCACAGAGUCAAGAAACAUCUUCCCCUACCCCUCGACGGAGCUCUCGCUCAACCACUCCAGCGUCUACACCUCUCAGGUUUGGAGCCCAAAGACAGCCAGCAGCUGGUCAAGACAAUGUCGUGGAACCAUCAGAUCCUCUUUCUCAGCCAUCCUCUUCUCCGCCCCACAACCUCGCCCCAACCAGUCCAUUUGCCAUCGGAAUGAGUGAAAUCGAUUUAAGUUCUCCAUUGAACUACGGCACUCCCAGCUCAAUGGGUUCCAUGAGGACCCCCAGAUCCGGGAUUCGAGGAACUCCCAUCCGGCUUCGUCCUGACAUCCGGACAGAUCGUCGGAUGAGACAAGUCAAUGUUGCAUCAGACCCGGCAGCAGCAGAUGACGUAGCAAGAGUUGCGUCUUCCGAAGGCGAGGGCUUAUCACAGCAAGGGCCGACGUUGGUCAUCUGGGGAACAAACGUUGUUGUCAGCCGUUGUAAGGACAAGUUCAAGCGAUUUCUCAAUAACUUUGUCGAUGAUGAAGAGGAAAAAGACGAAGAAGACAUCCCGGAAAAUAUCGAGUCAAAUUUGCCCCUUUACAUUCAGAAACUUGAGGAGAUUCACAUGUUGGAGGAGCCCUUCCUGAACAUCAACUGUGGACAUCUGUUUAAAUUUGACCCUGAGUUGUAUCAACAGCUGAUCUGCUAUCCUCAGGAGGUUAUUCCCACUUUAGACAUGGCUGUGAAUGAGUUGUUCUUCGAUAGACAUCCUGCCGCUGUUUUGGAACAUCAGAUCCAAGUUCGGCCGUUCAAUGCUCAGAAAACCAAAGACAUGCGCUCCCUUAAUCCAGAAGAUAUCGACCAGCUGAUCAGUGUUAGUGGCAUGGUCACUCGCACUAGCAACAUCAUGCCGGAGAUGCGCGAGGCGUUCUUCAAGUGCAUGGUUUGCGCGUUGACCACGUCGGUGGAGAUUGACCGAGGACGCAUCGCUGAACCGACCAACUGUAGCAACUGUAACACUAACCAUUGCUUCACUCUGAUACACAACCGAUCUCAGUUCACUGACAAACAGAUGAUCAAACUGCAAGAGUCGCCAGACGAUAUGCCAGCUGGUCAAACGCCACACACCGUUGUGUUGUUCGCUCACAACGAUCUCGUAGACGCCGUCCAUCCCGGCGACCGAGUCACCGUCACAGGCAUCUACCGGGCCAUACCCAUGCAGGUGAAUCCUCGAAUGCGUAAUGUCAGAUCAGUCUACCGUACACACAUUGAUGUCGUUCACUUCAGUAAGACUGAUACCAAGAGACUUUACGACCAGCAGGAUGGCAAAGACCAUCGUUUCCCACCGGAGAGAGUAGAGGUGCUACAACAGCUGAGUACACGGCCUGAUAUUUACGAGAGACUGGCCCGUGCCAUCGCUCCGUCUAUUUACGAGAACGAGGACAUCAAGAAAGGGAUCCUACUCCAGCUGUUUGGUGGAACAAAGAAAACCUUUACCAGUUCAGGAAGAGCAAAUUUCAGAGCGGAGAUCAACAUUCUGCUGUGUGGAGACCCAGGUACCAGCAAGUCACAGCUGCUGUCCUACAUUUACGAUCUGGUGCCUCGCAGUCAGUACACCAGCGGCAAGGGCUCCUCCGCUGUGGGACUGACAGCUUAUGUCUCCAAAGACCCAGAAACCAGGCAACUUGUUCUGCAGACAGGGGCUCUGGUGUUGGCAGACAACGGAAUUUGCUGCAUUGACGAGUUCGACAAGAUGAAUGAUUCUACACGCAGUGUGCUUCAUGAGGUGAUGGAGCAGCAAACUUUAAGUAUUGCUAAGGCGGGUAUAAUUUGUCAACUGAAUGCAAGGACGUCUAUACUAGCUGCAGCAAACCCCGUGGAGUCUCAGUGGAAUAAAAACAAAACUAUUAUAGAAAACAUUCAGCUACCUCACACCCUCAUGUCCAGGUUUGAUUUGAUUUUCUUGAUGCUCGACCCCCAAAACGAGCAGUUUGAUCGAAGACUCGCCCGUCACUUGGUGUCGCUGUAUUACAAAUCUCAAGACGAGGAAAAAGAUGAAUUUAUGGAUAUGUCCUUGCUACGAGACUACAUUGCGUACGCUAAGGAACACAUCCAACCGAAACUGUCGGAGGAAGCUUCACAACGGUUGGUCCAGUGCUACGUGGACAUGCGAAAGGUUGGUAGUGGCCGGGGCCAAGUGUCAGCAUACCCUCGCCAGCUGGAGUCCCUCAUUCGUCUGGCUGAGGCCCACGCCAAGAUGCGGUUCUCUCUAACGGUUGUACAAGAAGACGUCGAGGAAGCUUACAGGCUGCACAGGGAAGCCUUGAAGCAAUCGGCCACCGACCCGUUGUCAGGGAAGAUUGACGUAGGAAUAUUGACGACUGGGUUGAGCUCAGCCGCUCGUAAACGCAGACAGGAAUUAACAGAUGGUCUGCGCAAACUUCUAACAACUAAAGGAAAAGGAUCUUCCCUUAAUUUCCAGAAGAUGUUGGCAGAAAUCAAGGAAACCUUUCAAACCAUGGUGACGAGAGAAAUGUUUGAAGACUCUUUGAAGGAACUUCAGGAUGAAGGAGUGGUUACCCUACCUAACCGAAACACAAUCCGAGUUUGCUAAUUUUACAUCAGGGCAUUGUUACAGUUAAUGUGUUUCAGGCUUUAAUUUCAAACAAAUAUUUUAGUACAGGUCGAAGAGCAAAAACAGGUUUAAGAUUAAUUAUUUUGUACUGAUGUUUGUAUGGUUAGCGUUCUUGUAAGUUCUUGUGAGUUGUAAUACUCUCUUGGUUUUGUUCCACAGUGUACCAUAGAACCAAAACGAGACAGAAUUGUAAAUGUAAUUCGAAUUUUGAGUUUUUAAAGACGAAUGUUUAGAAGAAUUUUUCAUUAUGUUUUAACGGUUCAGCCCAUACAUUGUGUUCUAAGUUACUUGUAUUUAUCUCAAUACCAGUUGUGUUAAACAUUUGUAAAUAAACAUUUUACUGAAA